AACGGGACAUUGGGAUUUUAAAUAAAUCAUUCACAGCAUGGUUUACACGUUAAUGUGUUUAGUCUGCGUGGGGUACGUCUCGAGUGAGGAAGGGUACACUCGGGCCGAGGGACGGGGGGAAGAUAGGGGCAAAUAUCACAAAACACUGUCUGGGAGAGAUAGUGAAAGCAUCGUCGACGCGGCUCUGAGUGAAGCUGGAAAAGCGACUUCUGGCGGACAGCCGUCUCCAACACGGAAAGGUCGCGGAGAAGAAACUCAGCUCAUCACCCGGAUCCCCGCAGCCUCCAGGUAGCUCCGAGCGACUGCCGUACAGCCGCGACCAUGGCCAAUGAUUAAACACAAGGAAAUAAGCACGGAAAACAUCUGGGUGCGGCAGGCUUUAGAAGAAAACGUCUCGCUCAGCCCGGAGGUCGUUCGCAUUUUUUUUUUUUUUUUUUACCUUUUGUAUUUCCUUACUGAUUUUCGUGGACAUUUUGGAUUUUUUCUUCUUCUUGGUUUUCAGCGUCAUUAAUUAGCACCAGUCGUUUCGCUGUUUAACUCGUCUUCCCGAGACUCAUUUGGGAAGGGAGACACUUAAAGUGCUGAAGAAGUUGAGAGGGCGGCUGGUGAAGAAGAAGAAGAAGAAAUGUGCGCAGUGGGCCAGCUUCAAGUUGCUCUUUAAGUGGGCACCGCUAGCUAGCUGCUAACCCGAGCCGACCCGGACCCGAAACCUGCCACCACGGUCGCCGCUGCUUCGACCUUAAACACGUUAUUUUCCCCCACCCGGAUAAUAGCAUAUUUUCCUCAACCCGGACACCGAUAAAUGACGGAAAGACCCGACGUGAAUUGAGAUAAUCAAACUUGUUGGAUCUGUCAGCGGCCAACCACUGGGUUCUAGGUCCUUGAAUCAUAAAUGACCAGUCCCUGAGGAUGUCCAAGCGGAGCUUCUUUGUUCGGCUGGUGCCGUGCCGGUGCUUGCGGGGGGAGGAGGAGGCGGUGACGUCUCUGGACUACUCCCACUGCAGCCUGGAGACCGUUCCCAAGGAGAUCUUUAACUUUGAGAAGACGCUGCAGGAGCUCUACCUCGACGCCAACCAGAUCGAGGAACUGCCUAAACAACUCUUUAACUGCCAGUUGCUCCACCGACUGAGCAUGCCGGAUAAUGACAUAACGACGUUGCCGGCAGCCAUCGCAAACCUCAUUAACCUCAGGGAGCUCGAUGUCAGCAAAAACAGUAUCCAAGAGUUUCCAGAAAACAUCAAGAACUGCAAAGUCCUAACUAUUGUAGAAGCCAGUGUGAAUCCUAUAACCAAGCUCCACGAGGGUUUCACUCAGAUCCUGAGUCUGACGCAGCUCUACCUGAACGAUGCCUUCCUUGAGUUUUUACCAGCCAGUUUUGGCAGGUUGACGAAGCUGCAGAUACUGGAGUUGAGGGAGAACCAGUUAAAGACGCUGCCAAAGAGCAUGCAGAAGCUCACACAGCUGGAGAGGCUGGACCUGGGGAGUAAUGAGUUCACUGAAGUGCCUGACGUGUUGGAGCACCUGUCAGGACUCAAGGAGCUGUGGAUUGAUGGGAACAAGCUGACGUUUCUUCCUGGGAUGCUGGGGACUCUGAAACAGCUGGUGUAUCUGGACGCGUCGAAGAACAACUUGGAAAUGGUGGAUGAAAAAAUCUCCGGCUGUGAGAACCUGCAGGACCUCCUGCUCUCAAACAAUGCCCUCACUCAGCUGCCCGGCUCCAUCGGCUCCUUCAAGAAGCUGACUGCGCUGAAGGUGGAUGAAAACCAGCUGAUGCAUUUGCCGGACUCCAUCGGGGGGCUGACAUGCAUUGACGAGCUGGACUGCAGCUACAACGAGAUCGAAGCCUUGCCCUCCUCCAUCGGUCAGUGCGUCAGCAUGCGCACGUUUGCCGCCGACCACAACCUCCUCACCCAGCUUCCCCCUGAGUUGGGCAACUGGAAGAACGCAACCGUGCUGUUUCUGCAUUCCAACAAGCUGGAGACUUUGCCUGAGGAGAUGGGCGACAUGCAGAGGCUCAAAGUCAUUAAUCUGAGCAACAACAAGUUGAAGAAUCUCCCCUUCAGUUUCACCAAACUCAGCGAGAUGACUGCAAUGUGGCUGUCUGAAAACCAGUCAAAGUCCCUCAUCCCUCUCCAAAAAGAAGAGGAUCCAGAGACUCAGAAAACUGUGCUGACCAACUACAUGUUCCCCCAGCAAACCAGGACAGAGGACUUCAUCGUGAACUCCGACUCUGAGAACUUCAAUCCGGCCCUCUGGGAGGAGCAACGCAAGCAGCGCGCUCAGGUGGCCUUCGAGUGCGAUGAGGACAAGGAUGAGAGGGAAACACCGGCAAGGGAGGGACACCUGAAGCGGUACCCGACCCCUUACCCAGACGAGCUGAAGAACAUGGUAAAAACAGCCCAGUCUGUGGCUCACAGGCUGAAGGAGGACGAAACGAGCGACGAUUCUGGGAAGGAGUCCAGACCGGUCGAGAGGAACCACAUCGGAGUGCAGGACGUGGGAGUUAAGGUGAUAGAGGCUCCCUGUCCUAACGGCGUCGCAGCAGACAUUGAUCCCACAGUAUCUUCAACUUGUCCCCAGACAAGUGAAUCAAAAGACACUUCAGAGUCCGUCAUGCCCCUCAAAUCUUCACAGGGUUCAAUGAUGAGCCAUGAGGACACACUAGAGGACACAGAGGAGCUUUCAGAGGAAGAGGAGAUGAAAAUUGCAGAGAUGAGACCUCCCCUUAUUGAGAUUUCCAUCAAUCAGCCUAAAGUGGUGACUCUAAGCAAAGAUAAAAAAGACGACGUCAAGGAUGUGGACUCUUUGCUGGAUGACACGGUUGCCAACAGCAACCAGAACAACAGCAACUGUUCGUCUCCGUCGCGCAUGUCCGACUCGGUGUCGCUGACCACCGACAGCAGUCAGGACAACUCUGUGUGCACGCCUGAGCGGGAGUCCAAGACGCCUUUCCUCCCCAAAAGCAGGCAAGACGACGAGAAUAUGAACCAGCCAAAAGACACCAGCCCCCUCCUCCAUAACGGCAAUGGCUCUGAGCCGUCCCUGCAGGCCCUGUUAAAAACCCAGCCCAGCCCGCCGGACUACGACCUGUCCAUGGAGGCCAAGCUGGCGUUCAUGGAUAAGGGCAUAACCAACGGCAUGGGAGAGACCUACACCAAGUGGGACCAGAUCAACAUGAACGUGACCAAGCUGCCGGCCUACCACAGCGCGCAGCACCACCAGCUGGACCAGGCCGAGAACGGGUCCGCGGAGGACCUGAGCCGCAGGCAGCGCUACGCCAACGACAACGUGGACCACCUGCAGAACGGGAACCGGCCGGGCAGCGACUGCGUCAACAGCCUGGUGAACAGAGGGCGGGGGGUGGAGGCGUCGGCGGCGCACGCCACCACCUGCGCCGGCACGGCCGCCAGCAGCGACAUGUCUCUGUCGCGCAGCACAGAGGAGCUGUCCCCGGAGAAGAGAGGCCCGCCGCCGCAGGUGGUCAAAUCUCACAGCAUCAGCAAUAUAGAAACGGGUAACAUGAAGCUGUACGCCAUCGACGGGGACGACGACGACGACGCCGCGGUGGCUAGAAUGGCGGGGGCCGGCCUGGGGCCCGGAGCUCAGGGCCAGAACAUCGUCAGGAGCAAGUCGGCCAGUCAGCUGCUCAACGACCAGAACCUGCUGGUCUAUCCCGGCUCCUCCUCCUCCUCCUCAGACCUGCUGUCGUCCUCUAAGCCUCCUGGCAGCGCCAGCAGAUACCCGGUCUCCUCCAGCAUGAGCAUGGGAGCCCCGCCCCCCCAGUACAACAUUCAGUACGCCAGCAGCGCCGUGCCCAAAGACGGGCCCUGGGCUCAGAGGGCGGCCCUGCCUCCGGACCACCAAGGCUACCUCCCGCCUCACCCGCACUCGCUCGCCAACACCAAUUACUCCAACCGUAACCAGGCGCCUCCUUAUCACCUGCAGCCGCAGCAGAGGGGAGUCCCCAUGGCCCCCAUGGGCGACUGGGCCAAGGAGAGGCUUCACAACAGCGGGGGCCAGCCUAGAAGCAGCACUCUGCAGCGGCAAGGCAGCUCGGCCUCCUCCGUCUCCAUGGGCGACCCGAGGCGCAUCCAAGCGCCGGAGGGGGAGUACAUGACUUACAGGGACAUCCACACGCUGGCCAGGGGGCCGCUGGCCAUGAGCCACGCCAUGCAGAGGCCCUUCUCCGCUCGCACUUACAGCCUCGACGUCCCCGGAGCUUCCAGGCCCAUCAGCGCCAGGCCCCCGCCCCACGAGCUUCCAGAGAGGACCAUGUCCGUCAGCGACUUCAACUACCAGCAGGGCAGCCCCAGCAAGCGGCCCAACGCCAGGGUGAAGUCCGAGCACUCGCUCCUGGACGGACCGGGCCUGGUGUCGGGAGGCAUGGGACCGGGACGGGUGCCGACAGACUGGCGGGACCAAGUGAUGCGGCACAUCGAGGCCAAGAAAAUGGAGAAGAAUGCGUCUCGCUCCUAUAAUCUCAAUACCUCUCCGCUGAGCUGGUCUCACUACGGCAGCUGUAGGGAACUGCACGCCAGCCAAGGGGGCCCGGUGUUUAGUGGCGCUGAGCGGCAGCCCCGCGUGGCCCUCAGCUUCCCCGAUGACGUCUUUGUUCCCCAAGGGCCGCAGAGCUACACCAUGGACCCCCACAGAAAAGUGCCUUCGAUGAACGGUCAGAUGGGCCCCUCUGUUCGUCCUCAGGUCAUGGCCUCCAUGGCUCGUCACCCGUCCAGAGAGCAGCUCAUUGACUACCUGAUGCUCAAAGUCUCCCAGCAGCCCCAUGGGCCUCCUCGUAUUCCUCACGAAACGCUCCAGCAAGAGAUCCGUGUGAAAGUAGAGAAGAAUCCAGAGCUGGGUUUCAGUAUAUCAGGAGGAGUGGGAGGCCGGGGAAACCCCUUCCGUCCCGACGAUAACGGCAUUUUUGUGACACGGGUUCAACCUGAGGGGCCAGCAUUCAAAGUUCUGCAACCCGGAGACAAAAUAAUUCAGGCAAACGGAUACAGCUUUGUGAAUAUCGAUCAUGGGUAUGCGGUGUCCCUGCUGAAGACAUUUCCAACCACUGUGGAUUUGACUAUCAUAAGAGAAGUUCAAGCGUAGACUGGACUGAAUCUGUCCCCCGGCAGAACGGCACAUGAAAGAACAAACAAAAAGUGGUGACUGUCGUAUUUUUCUACAGAGAACAGGCGGAUCUGCUGACACCUAUCGGGACUAUUUAUAGCUGAGAUCUUCAGAGGUCUUUGUCGCCUCGAUUAAAACGGGGAAAACCACUUAAAGCAGUGGAUCCUUGUGACCCAGCAGCAAACACAUGCAAGUACGUGUCCUCAAAAGGCCGUCACUGUGGUAUACAUAUAUACAUAUAUAUAUUUUUUAUACGAAAACCUGAAGAUUUGAUGGAACAUCUGUGCUCUCUGUACAGAUGUUUGUUGUUUGUUUGUUUUUUUUAAAGUCAACAACUUUUAUCAUCCAUUUAUCAAAAUUUGGGUUUUACUACUUCAGACGGGCAUGGAGGUGACCACUAAGGGGCAGGGCUCCUCCUCUUCCUCCUCUCUUCUGUCCUUGAGUUUGCCUUUUAUUUAGUUUUUUUUUUGUUUAGUGAAACCAGUUGCCAGGCGACAUUAUCAAAAGGGACUGCGUUACGUGCUUCUCGUGGGGAGACGAAUGUAGAUCAAGGAGGCGUUUGUUUCUGUUUUUUUUUUUUAUUUGGCGAUCAAAGAGUAAACCAGAGGGGAUCAUCCACAUCAGCUUCCAUAAACCUGUGAAGAUCCAGCUGCACACAGACACCUCAGUCAUGUUCUGGAAAAACCAGAGCUGUGCCAUCCGCAAAGUCGUCCCUACCCGUCAGAUGUUCGCAGCAAAGCGGCCGUUCCUACAGCGAGACGAGAAAACAGGAUGGAGUUCCUCGUAUUGGGAGAAUAAGGAGGUCCUUGUGUUGCCUGUUUUAAAAUGUACAACGUCUGUUUGAAAUAAGGACCAAAACUGGGGCAAUAAGCACAUCUGGUUGGAGUGGGAUGAUAUAAAGGUGCUAGAUGUAGACAAACGAACUUUUCCCAUCAGUUUUGAUGAAAAUCCGUUGAGGUUACUCUAUUUAACCAAAGCAAGCAUUAAAAUAAACCGAGGGUAAAAGCAGGGACUGUUCUCAGAAGGAUUAGAGGAUCAAAAUGUUCGUAAUGGGAUUUCAUCUUUUAGGUCGGCAUCAAUGCAAAAAAAAAAAAAAAAAAAAAAGGUUUGCAACAUCUAACUUUUUUUUUUACACAGAAGAAAACCACAGGUUGCCUUUUGUGUCUGUUUUUGUCCCUGUCACUCAUCGCUUUGAAGCGGUUUUCUUUUUAUUGUUCUUCGCUGUACAGAGAUGGGAGACGCAAAUUGUCAAGUGCCAUAGACCUUGAACUGUUUGAACGAGGGGAGGACGUUCAGCCCCCCCCCCCCCCCCCCCCCCCCCCACCCCCACCCCCAGGAACCCAAGCAAUACCCACCUUCAAAGGACAUUUGCAGCAAAAUGACUUCAAAGCAAUACUUAAAAGCCUUUAGUUUCAUUCACACGGCAUCGUUUUUAAAACUAAACACGCUUUUAGUACUCCCUGAUGAUUUUACAUGUUUUUAUAUAGUGAAAUCCUUUGUUUUUAUAAUGAAACGGCACAGGAAUCAUAUGUGUGUGUGUGUGGCACCGUUUUGUCGAGUACUGUUUAUGUCUUAAUAUUUCUGUUUCCAUAUUUGGGGGGGGGGGGUGCUACUGAUCCAGCAUUCUCAAAACAUUUGUACAAGGACUGUGAGAAAUAAGUGUGAUUGAGAUAUAAAUCAGCCAGCCUGUUGAUAUUCAGACACAGGCGCAGCAGCGAGACGUGUUUCCACAACUAGGGGAAACGAUAAGCUCACCGUCGGCGUCCAGCGACGCCCAUUUCAUAGAAAUAUAGAGGCAGUCGCCACUAGAAUGUCUCCUGUAGUCUGGAUGUAUUCUUGAAUCUUUUUGGCAGCCAAAUGAAAACACAGAUUAACAAAUUUUUAGUCCCUAAAUUAAACCCAUAGUUGCUCUAUUGAAAGAUCCUUGUUCUAAAUGAAGCUCAGCAUUAGUUCUUAUCACUUGAUCUGAAAUUGGUCAACUUUUAUUUACAAGAAAGCUAGGUUUAUCGCACAGUGUGUCGUAUUGUACUCUGAUGUACAUUGAUUGUAUUCGUUUUUUUAAAUUCUUUUUUUGUUUUUACCAUGGAGAUUAAUUUCUUGGGUUAUGGUCACUUUAUAAUCACUUCAGAAAAAAAAAAAAAACGUGUCUAAUAUUUUAGACAAUCUAGGGAUGAAAACAAAUCUUUGUACUGCUUCUUCAUCCAUGUUUUUGAUUUUCGCUCCCACCUUAAUAUUUAUUUAGCAGACUUACAUGGACUUUUAGACCUUACUAAUCAAUCUGUAAAUACUGCAAAACAUUUGUGACUUGCGAUUGUAAAACCAGCAAUAAAUUGCAAUGCAGAGGCUCCCAUUUAAAUGUAUAGCUAGUAUUUCUAAUGUUUCUCUGGAAACGGUCACAGUUAGAUGAUUGAUAUGCAUUUAUCCAACAUUCCAGAUUUUGUACAUAAUUUCCUGUUUCAGAAGUUACCUGUGGGACAAUAAACUAAUGCUGUUUAACAGUGA